AUGGCGGCGGAGAUCCACUCCCGGCCCCCGAGCCGCCGUCCCGCCCUGCUGAGCAAGCUGGAGGGCCACCAGGACGCCGUGACGGCCGCCCUCCUCAUCCCGCUCCACGACGGGAUCAUCACCGCCGGCCGGGACCGAACAAUCCGAGUAUGGCUGAAAAGAGACAGUGGCCAGUACUGGCCCAGCAUUUACCACACAGUGGCAUCUCCCUGCUCUGCUAUGGCUUACCAUCACGAAAGCAGACGGGUGUUUGUGGGCCAGGAUAAUGGAGCCAUAAUGGAAUUUCACGUGUCUGAGGAUUUUAAUAAAAUGAACUUCGUCAAGACCUACCCAGCUCAUCAAAAUCAAGUGUCUGCAGUAAUUUUCUGCCUUGGAGCUGAAUGGGUCAUCAGCACAGGCCAUGACAAGUGUAUCAGCUGGAUGUGUACGAGGAGUGGAAGCAUGCUCGGGAGACACUUCUUCACCUCCUGGGCUUCGUGCUUACAAUAUGAUUUUGACACCCAACAUGCCUUUGUGGGAGAUUAUUCUGGCCAGAUCACCCUGCUGAAGCUUGAAGAGAACACCUGUUCGGUUAUUACAACCCUAAAGGGGCAUGAAGGAAGUGUUGCCUCACUGUGGUGGGAUCCCCUUCAGCGAUUACUCUUCUCGGGAGCAUCCGACAACAGCAUCAUUAUGUGGGACAUCGGGGGAAGAAAAGGCCGGACGCUGCUGCUUCAGGGCCAUCAUGACAAGGUGCAGUCCAUUUGUUACCUUCAGCUGACAAGGCAACUAGUUUCCUGUUCGUCCGACGGUGGAAUCGCAGUUUGGAAUAUGGAUGUCAACAGAGAAGAGGCACCUCAAUGGUCAGAAAGUGACUCUUGUCAGAAAUGUGAACAACCUUUCUUCUGGAACAUAAAGCAGAUGUGGGACACGAAGACACUAGGAUUAAGACAGCAUCACUGUAGGAAAUGUGGACUAGCCGUCUGUGGAAAGUGCAGCACCAAGCGUUCCAGCUACCCAGUCAUGGGCUUCGAAUUCCAGGUCCGGGUCUGUGACUCCUGCUUUGAGUCCAUCAAAGAUGAAGACCGCACUUCCCUGGCAACCUUUCAUGAAGGAAAACACAACAUUUCCCAUAUGUCUAUGGAUAUCGCCAGGGGACUGAUGGUGACCUGUGGGAGCGAUCGUGUGGUAAAGAUCUGGGAUAUGACACCUGUAGUCGGUUGCAGUCUGGCAACUGGGUUUUCCUCCGGCUGACCCGAGAUCUCGGCAGUUUAUGCACCUUAUGUACAGCAACAUGCACCAAAUGAUGUCCUUCCUAUGAAUAUCUCCACAGUCGCAGGUCGCUUGGCGUUCCUCCUCCUCCUCCGCCUCCUCAAAUUGGACAAUGGCCUUUAUGAGAACAAAAUUGUUCUGUAGCACACCCCGAGACCGUCUUACAGAAGGACCCCUAUAAGGCCGGUAGGAACAUCAUACAAAAGAUUUAUGUCGAACGUGACUCCUUGAAUGGUGGAUCUACUACCACCUAAUUUACCUUUUACUGUAAACAGAGUGUGUUCUCUAACGAAAUAGCAAUGUUCUGAAAGCCUCGUGAGUUUUAGUGGGGAGGAAAAUUAUGGACACUUCCAGGCAAAAAUUCCCAUCAAAGGUUAAAUCUACUUAUAGUCAGUCUGGGUUGAUUUAAAAGGAGAUUUUUAUUAUGUUUUGUUGAAGUGGGAUGGAAGAAGAAGGAGGCUGGGUUUUUUUUGUUUUUUUUUUAAUUCUCUCUCUCUGGUAGGGUGGCAGUAGAAGUCAGAAGCCAGAAUAUAUCUUCAGUCUGCUGGCGGUAUCUGAGAAUUUCUGUGCAUUUAAGUUACUUGUAAAUUUAUUGAUGAUCUCUGUUCCUUCCAGCUAGUUUAAUUUGCCUGUAAUUCCAGGCUACCUGUCAUUU